GUGCUUUUUUUGUGUAUUUUCUUGUGAUUUGAUUGAACUUUGCUCUAGUACUGUUUCCUUGAGUUUCUUUAAAGGCGCUUUUAAAUAGAACAGAUUGUUAUUACUCGUGCAGCAAACUGUGUGCGGCUUUGACCUCCUCCGGGCUAACGGACACUCAUACGUGUGCGACGUGAACGGCUUUAGCUUCGUGAAGAACUCCAUGAAAUACUACGACGACUGUGCCAAGAUCCUGGGGAACAUUGUGAUGCGCGAGCUGGCUCCUCAGUUUCAGAUACCCUGGUCCAUCCCGACCGAGGCAGAAGACAUCCCCAUUGUUCCCACAACUUCAGGGACCAUGAUGGAGCUGCGCUGCGUCAUCGCCGUCAUUCGACAUGGAGACAGAACUCCCAAGCAGAAGAUGAAGAUGGAAGUCCGCAACCCCAUGUUCUUUGAUCUCUUUGACAAGUACGGAGGAUACAAGUCUGGGAAAUUAAAGCUGAAAAAGCCAAAGCAACUGCAGGAGGUGCUGGACAUCACCCGCCAGCUGCUGGCAGAGCUCGGUCAAGACAAUGACUGUGAGAUUGAAGAGAAAAAGUCCAAACUGGAGCAGCUGAAGACUGUUCUGGAAAUGUAAGAGUGCUGGGAUGCACACUCAUCUAGCAACUUUCCUCUGUGCAACAAUAGAGCAGUUUACUGAAGGACUGGAAAAUUAUCUUGUUUAUAAAAAAAAAAAAAAAAUCACUUUACCCAGGAGUAAA